AUGGAAAAACAAUACAAUAAAGGAUCUUUGGUUUCGAAAAUUUUCCAUGGCAUGAAAAAGAUUGUUAAAAAGAAGAAGCCUACAUGUCAAGCUUCAGGAUGCUACAAUCUUUGCGCGAGUCGAAAGGAUGUUUAUUGUACUAAUUGUAUUAAAUAUCCUCCCCCUGUUCAAAAUACCUAUAUACCCCCUGUGACUGUUACGCAACCUGCUGUGAAUGUUAAUCAAUCUAUUGUGAACGCUAAACCGACUACUCCUCCUCCACCUCCUGUGACUGUUAAUCCGACUACUACUACUCCACCUCCUGUGAUUGUUAAUCCGACUCCUCCACCUCCCAAGCUAACCCAAGUAUUCUCAAAUUCGGUGAUCAAAAAGACUGAAAUGAAGUUAUUGAAAACAGGUGAUCCUGAAUAUAAAGAUGCCCUACAAUCCUUCUGUUUGGGACUUCCCAAUAAUACUAUUCUUGGAAUAUUCAAAUUAAACAUGCCGACUCAUCUUGUGAAAGCUCAUGACGAUUACAAAGUCAAAUAUUCUUAUCCAAAUGUUAGGGCAUUUCAUGGAACAAAAUGUGUAUGCGGUCCUCAACGUUUUGUUUCCAAUCCAAAAGCUGAAUUUUGCAAAUCUGGGUGUGGUGCAUGUGGGAUCGCACAAGAUGGAAACAAGAUAAGAUUUUCCGGUGAUGGGAAAUUGUGGUUUGCCAACAAUUCGUCCGUUUCACUUGGUUAUUGCAGUUAUGGCUAUCAUGCGUCGUAUGGGUAUGGAAAGAAUGGGACGUAUGGUACCACUGCAAAUACCAUGUUCAUCGUCGAUCUCAUUACUAAUCUGCCUGGACCAGUUUAUAUUCUUGAUAGUGAAGCGUCUGCAAUUCCUAAAUAUCUUGUCAUAUUUCAAUAA